GAAAUAAUUCACGCGCAUGCGCAACUGCCAAUCAGGGAAACGCGUUGCUGUCGUUGUGGAGCUGGUAAUCAGGAGGAAUCUCUUUAGAGUAGCUGGCCACUGAGGUGUGUCUGUUUGAGUCCAGCACCUUACAAAAAUGGAUUUCCAGCAUCGAGCUGGAGGGAAGACGGGGAGCGGAGGGGUGGCAUCUGCCUCUGAGAGUAACCGUGACAGGCGAGAACGGUUACGUCAGCUGGCCCUGGAGACCAUUGACAUCAACAAAGAUCCUUACUUUAUGAAAAAUCAUUUAGGAUCGUACGAGUGCAAACUUUGUCUGACACUUCACAACAAUGAGGGAAGCUACUUGGCUCACACACAAGGAAAGAAACAUCAGACCAACUUAGCACGGAGGGCAGCAAAAGAGGCAAAAGAAGCUCCUGCUCAACCAGCUCCAGCCAAAGUGAAAGUUGAGGUCAAGAAGUUUGUCAAAAUUGGUCGACCGGGAUACAAAGUGACCAAACAAAGGGAUCCAGAGACUGGACAGCAGUCUUUACUUUUCCAGAUUGACUAUCCAGAGAUCGCUGAAGGAAUUGGACCUAGGCAUCGUUUCAUGUCUGCUUAUGAGCAGCGCAUCGAGCCUCCCGAUCGUCGCUGGCAGUACCUGCUAUUUGCUGCUGAACCGUAUGAGACCAUUGCCUUCAAGGUACCCAGCAGAGAAAUUGAUAAAGCAGAAAACCGCUUCUGGACCCACUGGAACAAAGAAACUAAACAGUUUUUCCUGCAGUUCCACUUCAAAAUGGAGAAAGCUAUUCCCCAGUCAAGCGGUCCAGCACCUGCUGCCACUGUAAAACGUCCUCCUCCUCUUAUGAGUGGCGAUCACCCACCAAAUGACACUCUGCCUCCUCCCCCACCAGGGGGAAUGCCUGUCCCUCCUCUCCCACCUGGCGCCCCAGGAGCCCCCCAGAUGCCCCCACAGAUGCCCAUGCCUCCCAUGCCAAUGAGGCCACCCCCUCCAGAGGGCCUUACAAUAGUUAAUAAUUGAUCCCUUAUCAGUGAGCUGUUUUAAGUGAUUUUUUUUUUUUUUUGGUUUCUGUCAUGGUCUGCAGUCACACUGCUCUGCCCGUCUGCAGUGUCCUUCUUUUACAUGCUGCAGUGAUAUUUAGUUUUAUUAUUUCUACAGAUGUUUAAAGCUCAUGUUUAUUAGAUUUUCAGUAUUUGUUUGGUUUAAAAUGUGCAGGACCAUUUGUUACUGCAGCAUCAUUAAUAUGGCCACAUUCUUUUGUAUUAAUAUCCACGUUCUGGACAUGGAGGUAUGAGUGGGCGCUCGUAAUUUAGGAUUAUGGUUUUGUAAUUAAAUGUUAUGGAGAAACAGAAAA